CAGGGCCUCAUGUUCCGGUGCAGCGCCAGCUGUUGUGACGACAGCCAGGCGUCCAUGCAGCAGGUGCACCAGUGCAUUGAGCGCUGCCAUGCGCCUCUAGCCCAAGCCCAGGCCUUGGUGACCAGUGAGCUGGAGAAGUUCCAGGACCGCCUGGCCCGGUGCACCAUGCAUUGCAACGACAAAGCCAAAGAUUCCAUAGAUGCGGGGAGCAAGGAGCUUCAGGUGAAGCAGCAGUUGGACAGUUGUGUGGCCAAGUGUGUGGAUGACCACAUGCACCUCAUCCCGACUAUGACCAGGAGGAUGAAGGAGUCUCUCUCGUCCAUUGGGAAAUAAGAGUCUUUGCCAG